UGGGUAACUCAGGAGUGAUAGAUACAAAUGAUAUGAAUCAUUCCAUUUGAAUCACUCACUCUUCAUAUCUUUACAUAUCCGAAUGUGUCAGUAGUUCAGUAUAUCUUUCUUUACACCUCACUCACUCGUCGGUCAUCGCGUCGGGUACUAACUAAUCUGUGGCGUCGGAUCGCUUCGUCGCGCGCCAUUGGUUGAACGUCAAGCGAGCCGUCUCGCUCGCACCCAUACGAUUACGAAUGGCGUUACUUUGACCACAAUAAGUUGACACCCAAUAAUAAGUUGUUAACUCUAUUGCUCACGCAUAAGGCUUAUAAUUGUUUGUCCUUAGUGAAUAUUUCGGUAUUAUAAUCUUGUCAAAUGUAUUGAAAACUUUUCGAAACAUUAGUUACCAAAGUAAACAAGACGUGAAGUGCAAUUUGAGUGCAAUAGAUAACGAGAUUAAACAAUUUGCUUAGAAUAGGUAGUAUUUGGUCAGUGGGUCGUGCUUGUCUCUAAUUUAAUGCAGUUCACUUCCAGUUUUAUUUUUUCUUUAGUUAGGUUUAAUUUAAGUUUGGUAGGUACUUAUAAAAUUAGUGACUAGUAGGUAGGUAUAGUGUAAAUAUUAAACAAUUAGGCUAAUUAGGUUAGGUUAGGUUAGGUUAUUUAGUUAGGUAUUUAGGAGUUACGUAAUACGUAGUUGAACUAUUAAAAAUGGCAUCAGGUUCAAGAAAACGAAGUGCCGUGUGGAACCAUUUCGUUGAAGUGGAACCAAAAAAAGCGAAAUGCUUGUAUUGUGCGAACAUUUUAACAACAUCCGGUGGAAAUGUUGGUAACCUGGGCAGACAUUUAAAAAGCAAACAUCCCACAGUGCCCCUAGUUCCUGAAAGGCAGCCAUCGCAGCCGUCACUUGUCUCAGAGGCCCCACAGGAGACAAAUACGACAUCAAGAGCGACUGAUUCAGUCACUUCCAGUGCCACUGGGGCUGGACCUUCCAUCGCUCAUGGAUUACCUCCCUCAGUGCGUACUCAGCCAUCCAUGAGAGACUUUGCGCACAGCAUAAAAUCCGUGACACCUCGUGGUGCGGAACUUUACGACGAACAGCUUGUGCGCGUGAUUGCGAAGGGUUGUUACCCUUUUAGUUUAGUGGAGGAUGAAGAAUUCAAAAAAUUUAUAUAUAUGCUGUGUCCAGGCUACACGCUACCUACUAGAAAGACAUUAUCCCAAUCCUUAAUACCAAAAAUAUGCAAAAAACAAGAGGAAAAUGUUAGGCGCACAAUGGAAAAUGCGAACGCAGUUUGCCUCACAACUGACGGCUGGACCUCUGACAAUAACGACAGCUUUAUAGCAGUCACGGCCCAUUAUUUAAAAUCCACGGCAGAUACAACGAAAUUACAGUCAAAUUUACUUGGUUGUGUUGAAUAUAAUGACAGGCACACUAGCCAAAAUCUCUCUGAAUUUUUAAAAAACAUAAUGAGAGAGUGGAAUAUUGAUCACAAAGUUAUCGCGGUAACCAGCGACAACGCGGCCAACAUCACGGCAGCCAUAAGAGAGGGUGAUUGGCGGCAAAUUCCGUGCUUUGCCCACACCUUAAAUCUGUGUGUUCAAUCGGCAUUACAACAAUUGGGCCCUUAUGUAUCUAAAGUGAAGAGUAUAGUAGAAUACUUCAAGCGAAGUUCCCAUGCGAAUCAUAGACUGACAGAGAUACAAAAACAGCUCAAUUUGCCUCUUCUCAAAUUAAAACAGGAUGUUGCCACCAGGUGGAACUCCACAUAUGACAUGCUGCAAAGAUUUUGUUCAGCAAAACAGGCCAUUGUCAUGACUUUAGCAGUGACAAGGAAUGACCUUUUACUCACAGACAAUGAUUGGGUGGUAAUCGAAUCUGCUGUGCCGGUUUUAAAAUUAUUUUACGACAUCACAGUAGAGAUAAGUGCAGAGAAAAACGUUUCUUUAUCUAAAGUGAUACCUAUAUGUCGCAUCAUGCUACACCAAAUCAAAAACUUACUCCAAAACAGAAUUAAUGAUAUUCCUGAAAUAAAGGCACUAAUUGAAAAUUUACACAAGGAGCUCAGCCAUCGAUUUAAUAACACUGAAAUAAAUGUUUUGAAUACGGAGUCAACCAUUUUGGAUCCACGAUUCAAACAAAAAGGCUUUCGUGACCAAAAAUUAUGUGAUAAGGCCAUACAACAAUUGAAAUUGAAAAUUGGACGUGUUUCUUCGGUCCUAUCAAGAACAACGGCAACAUCAGAGCCGGUGAAACAAGUUCCAAGUACCAGUGAAACAUCGAUUUGGUUUGAUUUUGACCAGGAGGUAGCCAGACAAACGCCCGAAAACCCAAUGGCAGCAGGAAUUGUAGAGCUGGAUAAAUAUCUACAGGAACCGCUUUUAAAACGCACAGAAGACCCACUAAAGUGGUGGCACACCAGGAAAAAUAUUUAUCCACUUUUAUUUAAUUAUGUAAUAAAAAGACUAAGUCUGGUUGCGACAUCUGUGCCGUGCGAGCGGAUAUUUUCUAAAGCCGGAUAUACCCUUAAUGAGCGAAGAAGGAGAUUGACCACCAAGAAACUGUCUCAACUCCUUUUUAUAAGUUGCAACUCAGAAUGAGGAGUAAUAAAUAAUAAAUCAUUUAUUUUCGUAAAUAAGGUACAGAUAUUAAAAAAAAUAUAUAUAUAAUCAAAAAUAAUUAUUGUAAAUAGCCACUGAUUUUUAAAUACGCCUACCGAACAAACAUGUUUUAACUCGAAAUACACAUUUUGAACUAAAAUUUAACUUUCACGUAAAUAAUUUCGUAGGUAGACAGUCCUAAGCCUGUGUAAAGUAUGAAGGGAAAUCAGAAGGCUAUUUUUAUUUUCUAAUACUUACUAAACUAAUGCUUAUACUCAAUACUAGAUUGCGAUUGACUAUUCAUUGAACUAAUUAACAUAAAAGAAGUAGGUUGUACCUACAGUCAUAAAAAUAGUUUUUUUUUUAAUUAGAAAAAAGUUGUUCAAUCGCAACCGCUCAAUAUAUCAGAAAGAUGCAAACAACAACCAACCUAUCACUAUAUCUGAAUGAUCUAAAUGAAUGAGUGAGCCGCACACGAGUUGCGAGUUUAAACGAGCUACUGAGUUAUACUGAGCUACUGAUAUAAAGAUAUGAAAGAGUGAUUCAUAUCCGAGUGAGUGAAAGAUGCAUAUCUAUCUUUUCUUUUCAAUGACACAUUUUGCCCA